AGUGCGGGGUCUGUGGAUCAUUGGGAGAUGCAGCUGCCUUGGUUGCAGUUGCUCAAACGCAGCCGCCUACUUGCCCGCUUCUCUGCCUUAGUCCCGGGGUUUCGGGAGGCACUGGAGUCCAGCCAUGCAGCCGGGAGCAGCGCUGCAGGCCGUGUUGCUGGCGGUGCUGCUGGCCAAACCAAGGGAUUCGAAGGGUCGCCUGCUGAGCGCCUCGGACUUGGACCCUAGAGGAGGGCAGCUGGUCUGCCGGGGAGGUACACGGAGGCCUUGCUAUAAAGUCAUGUAUUUCCAUGAUGCCUUUCAAAGACUGAACUUUGAGGAAGCCAAAGAAGCCUGCAUGGAGGAUGGGGGACAGCUAGUCAGCAUCGAAACAGAGGAUGAGCAGAGGUUGAUAGAAAAGUUCAUUGAAAACCUCCUGGCAUCUGAUGGUGAUUUCUGGAUUGGCCUCAAGAGGUUGGAGGAGAGACAGAACAACAACACAGCCUGCCAGGACCUUUAUGCUUGGACAGAUGGAAGCACAUCACAAUUUAGGAACUGGUAUGUGGAUGAGCCUUCCUGUGGCAGCGAGGUCUGCGUGGUCAUGUACCAUCAGCCAUCAGCACCGCCCGGCAUCGGGGGCUCAUACAUGUUCCAGUGGAAUGAUGACCGGUGCAACAUGAAGAAUAAUUUCAUUUGCAAGUACUCUGCCGAUAAACCAAGUGCAACACCCUUUAUUAGGCCUGGAGGUGAAGCAACUGAGCCAGCAACACCCAUACUUCAAGAAGAAUCACUGACGGAAGACACCAAAAAAACAUUUAAGGAAAGCAGAGAGGCUGCUUUGAAUCUUGCCUACAUCCUAAUUCCCAGUAUUCCCCUUUUCCUCCUACUUGUGGUCACUUCAGCUGUAUGUUGGGUUUGGAUCUGUAGAAGAAAACGAGAGCAGCCAGAGCCUAGCACAAAGGAGCGGCGCACCAUGUGGCCCUCUCCUCACCAAGAAAACAGCCCUGACCUAGACGUUUACAACGUCAUCAGGAAACAAAGUGAAGCUGAUUUAGCCGAGCCCCGGCCAGACCUGAAGAACAUCUCCUUCCGGGUGUGUUCCAGGGAAGCCAUGCCCGAUGACGUGUCUUGUGACUAUGAAAACAUGGCUGUGAACCCUUCGGAAAGUGGGUUUGUGACUUUGGCAAGUAUGGAGAGUGGAUUUGUAACCAAUGACAUCUAUGAAUUCUCCCCCGACAGAAUGGGGAGAAGCAAGGAGAGUGGAUGGGUAGAAAAUGAAAUAUAUUAUUAAGACAUAUGAAAAAAAUGGCGAGAAUGAAAAAGGAGAAGCAAAGGCCUCUGAUUUCUUACAAGGACAGUACUCAGAAAGCUUAUGAAAAUGCUCAGCUCAGUCUUAGGGGCAAGCGCAGCAUCACAAGUCCCUACUGGGUCCCCAAGUUCUGGCUUUACUGAGCCUCAUCCAGCUCAGCCCUGUGAGAAGGCACCUUGCCCAGUGGCUGUUGCACAGGAGACUCUCAAUGGUGGUCAGCCAGAAGCUUCUGACUGAUGCUGGAGGGCUGGUGCUUUUACUAAUCAGGAUAAAAGAGUAACCAGGGAGCUCGGAAAGCCGGCCUCUGGGCUCUGUUUUCCUUGCUCUAUACAGCAGCACAGGCAAUCACAAAAACACAAACUGUGGAAUCUUCUCAAAGCCUCUGUACAGACACCCCAGGCUGGCCUGCACAUCAACAAUUAACUUCCAACCCUGCACCCCACCCCACCCCAGCCCUGAAAAAGUCCAAUAAAAAGCAGGAAGCAGAAUGUUAGUCAGCCUGUGUCUACAGCCCUCCCUCUGUAUGUGGCCUCAGGGGAACUCUUUUUUUUUUUUUUUUUUUUUUUUUUUUUUUUUUCAUUCUCCUGACAUCUAAACUUGGAAAAAUCCAACUUGGAAAUACUUUAGAAAGUAAAACUGAGCUCUGUGUUUGCUUCAGGGCUUCUUGUUCUCUGGGAUCAGACAGUAUGUGCUGUUCAGGGGAUGGGUGGCAGUGGCAUGAGAAAAUGACUGUGUGCAAGGCUGGUGAAGGGUAGACAUUCUAAGGAUAAGGAGAGGCAGGCUUUUCACUAUCAGACAAGGCAGGCACAGGCACCAGAAGGGAGGAAAUUGGAGUAAGCCCUAUUAUGUGCAAUGGAAAUAGUGACAGUGCUGACACUCUGUCUGUCUUUAUGUAUGAAUAGUGUAUGUAUAUGUAUAUGUAUAUGUAUAUGUAUAUGUAUAUGUAUAUGUAUAUGUGUUUUCUCCCUAAAUAAGCCAGUACUCCAUGAAAUUGGGUGAUUCAAGGAGAGAAGCAAAAGAAAUGAGUUACUUGAGUAAUGAAGAGGAAAUAAUGGGUACCUAAACAUAGGUAGAAUUAACAGCUUUAUUGUUCUCUAGGAACAAUGGGGCCCUUGCAUCACAAUGACCUAUAAUGAAUUUAUGAAUAAAUAUAAGAAAGAGGCUUAAGGGUAGCAAACACAAAGUCAUGAUAAAAAUAUUAUAUUUAUUGCCUUGGUUGUACAUAUUGUAUAUCUGUACUCUUAAGUGACACUAUUGUUAAAACUUAUAUUUAAAGAGAUUGGGAAUGAGAGUGGUCAUUUGUGAAACUUUACACCACCACCAAGCAAGAACGAUUGGGAAUCAGCAAAUCACAUGAACCAACUCAUAAUGGCCCACCUUUGGUAAUGCAGAAUAAUUUAAAUAUUAAAUCAUCAAAAGUAAAAGCGACAAAGAGAAUGUGACUCAUUAGAUAAAACAGAAAAACAUGGGCAUAUGCUGAUACAAAGUAAGUGAAUAAAUUAAACCUUUGAUGUAGAAUGAGAUAUUUACAUGAUUCCAGGUAAAGAUCAUUAAUAACAAAAGUGACCCAACAGGCAAACACCACCUAAGUCAACUGAUCAAUGUGAAUACUGUGGGUGACAGAGUGUACUGAGAUUGUAGACCUCACACUGUGGUGUGGUGAGAGGGUCAUGGCAUCACAUCUGUGCUGUCUCAGUCAAAGUGUACAAGCUGAUCAUAAGGAAGCCUUACACAACAACUUGAUGGACAAUCUACAAAGUAACUUGACAGCAAACCUGGACUCUUGAUGAUAAGGACAGUGGAAGCAAGACAGGGACAGCUGCAGUCGGAGGACAGAAAGAGGUGAUGACUGCAAGCGUGACCUGAUCCUGAAAUGGACCCCUCUUUUCCUAUAAAGGAAAAUAUAGAAACAAACGUGGAUGAGGUCUAAAGAUGAAAUGAUAAAAUGUGCAGUGCUAAUUUCCUGACUUUAAUGUUGCAUUGAAGAUAUGUUCUCAUGACACUGGAACUGUCUUCAUAGAAAACACCGGUAAAGUAAUGAAGGACAAUGGACCCUCAUGUUGACUGCUUUCCCUCUUGUGAUUUGGGGACAGGGAUGCUCUUUGCACUGUACCUGCAAUUUUUCCUCUGUUAAAAGUUAUUUAAGGAAAACCAUUUACAAACAUCAUUUCUAUAACUAUUGAUCACAUGACUUACACUAUGCCACCCAUGCAUCUGAAGUCAAUACACAGGAGAUGGCUGACAGCAUCUAACAGUCUUUGAAUCAAGACAAAAAUAAAUGAAUUUCUGAUAGAACCAUCAUCAUCAGUACCUAGCCCCAGGUUCUGGCCCAUCUCUGAGAUUUUUGCCUUGCCCUUACAGGCAGCAGAGAGUUGUGAUGAACCACCCUGCAAAAGCCAAUUCAGAUGUUCCUUUCUUCCAAUAUUCCCCAUCUUUCCCCUUUGGAAAUGCAAAUCAGUUGUGUGAUCUAGAAUAAAUAAACAUUAAGGUGUCUUUCAA